AUGGGCUGGCUCGCGUGCCUCUGCGGCCUGUGGCGUCAUGACAACGACCCAGAAACCGCGCCCCUCCUCUUCCCUCCACCAACAACAGUGCUCACUGCGCCGCCGCGCGCCCACCCGAAGCCCAUCGCCACCCUCUUCUCCCUCUUUCCUUCUCCGCGCACGCCCAUCCUUCAGCCGGUCACCACCGAGCUGACCACGACGGCCACGGCAUCACAGCCCAUCCUCGCGUACACCUUCCCGGCGUCCAACUACUUUGACGCGGCGCGCAAGAGCGAGGACGAGGCGCGGCACGAGGCUGACGAGCGCCGCCGGAGCACCAUCAGCCGUGCCUAUGGCAGCCGCAUGUGCUUGAUCGGCGCGCCGAGCCCGCCCGCCACACCCACCGUGCCCGAGUCGGCUGAGGAGCCCCACCCGUGGUUUCACGCCGCCCGCCCCGAGAAGCCGCCGCACAGGCGCAUGCGCAGCCUCGACCUGCCGGCUCAGCUGGCGAUGAGCGUCGCCGACCACGGACUGCCGGGCACGCUGGCGCCGAUUGUGGCUGCCGCGCGCGCGCGCAGGGCGAGUCUCGAGGACGUUACAACGAUUGUGAUCACGCCCGACACGCCUGUCGAGCCCGUGACGGCGACGGCGCCGGCCCCGCGCCACCGUCCGCCGCCGCUUCCUCUCCGCCCUCACGCGUCGACGGUUCAGCUGUGCGACGACUCACCGAUCGAGUCCAACACGACCACCCCCACCGUGUCCAUCUCCGACUCGCUGUCGCUCCGCCGCGGCCGUACCGGUGGGUCUAAGCGCCUCACCCUCAGCGCCGAGGACGACUCGCUCGGCGUCGUAUACAAGGACCUCGGGCUCAAGGGCCUUCCCUCACCGCUUGGGGCGCGCCAGCCGCGCCGCGCCACGUCGAAAUCCCGCCUCCGCGUCAAGCGCGCUCGGGCAGACACUGUGUCGUAA